AUGAUUAAAGUUUUCAAUGGAAUACCGAUUGGAAGUACAAUCAAAACAAUAAACAAUGAUGAAUAUUUGGCAAUUCAAUGGUCUUAUUCUAACAAUGAAAAAAAUAUUGAAGAUCAUGUUCAAGUGGUUUGUGUUUUAUAUGCCAAUGGGAACAUAUCAAUCUAUUAUAAAAAGAUUCCUAAUGUACUUGAAAACAAGGUGGACGGUUUAAUGCUUCGAGCUGGUAAAUUUACAGAAAUAAAUAACGAAGUAUAUUAUGAAGCUAAUGGGGAAUAUUUCACUAUUAUAAAGAUUCCAUCAACUGUUAUAAAAUCUGGUACUUUGAUUGAAUACAGUCCACUUACAUUCUGUAAUGAAACAGAUUAUAUUGAAAAAAUCCCUGAAAACAUAGUGCAUGACAAUAAGAAUAACUCAAUUAACAUCAUGAGUGAUAUUGUUUGUCAAGAUAUUCAAAAUACGAAGUGUCCAAUGAUUGGCUGUAAUGUAACAAACUAUACUGAACCAUCUGAUAUGAAUUCGAAUAAACCAAUCAAUAAGAGUGUGGAAGUCUUUAACAAUCAAAGUACAUAUUCUACAGAGAUAAUAAUCGAACAAACUACAAACAAUCUAUUAUUACCAAAUACAUUUUCAUUCAUCAGUUAUGAACAACAAUUAUUACAAGCUGGUCAAAAUGUUGAUGUUGAUUUAGUGAUGCGUCGUUUCACUAUUUCACUUUUAUUACCAUUUCUAUUGAUAGCUACAGUUUUAUGCAUUGCUUUCCCAUUAUUUAUAUUUAGAAGACGUGCACAUAGAAUGAUCAAUUAAAAUUACAAAUGUCUCAGAUACCAAUCAUUACUGAAAAAGUAGUUUACUUCUUUUUUUUUUAAAUUUUUUCUAAGAGAAAGUUCAAUUCAACAAACAAGGAUUGAGUACAUAAGAUUUGCUUUACUUUGAGUGUAAUCCUUUAUUAUAUAUAUAUACAAUGAUGUGAUGAAAAAUCUCAUUGUGAAACGUUUAACAUUUGGCUUCAAUGUAUAUAAUCUAUUGUAGAGUUCAAUGAAUGUAUAUAUAAUUUGAAUUUAGUAUUUUUUCAUAUCUAACAUUACAACAGGGGUUUUGUGAUGAUUGUAGUAAUCAUGAUAAUCCUGGAAGCAUUAGGCCCCCAAAUGCCCUGGUACGGCC